AUGGAAUCCAACAUCCAAACACCGCCACCUUCCUCCACCAUCACCGCCGACCACUCGUCCUCUCUCUUCCCCCAGCCUCUUUCCCCUCACCCCCCUUCAGCUUCAAACAACACCAACCACAUUCUCGAAAUUACCCUCAUCUCUGCCCAAGACUUAUCCCCCGUCUGCAAAUCCCUCCGCACCUACGCCCUCACAUGGGUCAACCCAAACCGCAAACGCACAACCCGGGUCGACAAUCAAGGCCACAGCAACCCCACCUGGAAUGACAAGUUCUCUUUCCGUGUUGACGAUGAGUUUCUCAACUCCGAGUCCUCCGCCGUCCACGUCGAAAUUUACACCGUUUCUUGGUUUCGUGAUAUUCUUGUAGGCACUGUUAAAGUUCUUCUCAAUAAUCUCAUUAACCCUUUUGAUAGAAGCAAGAAAUUUGUGGCUCUUCAAAUCCGUCGGCCUUCGGGUAACCCGCAAGGAAUACUCAAUUUGGGUGUGGCGCUCAUUGAUAAGUCCAAACGGAGCAUGCCGCUUUUUAACCAAAUUACGCCUUUGUCCUUGGAUCAUAGAGACAUUUUAGACAGGAAAAUUAAUGAUAUUAAUGCUCAAGAUCAAAUGAUCAACGAAAACUUUCCAGAAGAUGAAGAGAAAUUGCAAAUUAACAAUAAAAUUCAGCUGUGGCAAUCGCAGAAUUUAGGCUAUUCUGACGUCAACACCGGAGAAUUUCCUAACCAAGCGGGCUCAAUUUGUAAUGGGUCAAUGGUGAACGGUUCGAUAGUAAACGGGUCGGAACUGUGCUCCGACAUUGGGCCGUCGGCUUCCAUUGUGGCAGCGGAGAUAGCAAAGAAGCUGCAACCUCUGCCGCCACCGCGGGUGCCGUCCAAAGAAUUGAAUAAGGAAUAUUCUGGGGAAGGGGAAGACGGAGAGAGCUCAAUAUUGGAGGAGUUGACGGCGGAGGAAGCGUACGCUAAAGGGUUGGCAUUAAGUACGGAAGGAAGGAAGAAGGAGGCGGCGGCACCGGAGAAAUGUCAACGGGGAAGCGGCGGACACCCACGGCGGAACACCGACGGAGGACUGUAUUCUUGCUUUGGAAAUGCAUAUUGUUUUGAGUUCACCAUUGUUUGUGGGGCAAGUAACAACAACAAUCAGGGGAAUCGUAGAGUUAAUAACAGUAAUAGUUCUGGCAAGGGCAGAAAGAAGUUGUCUACUGAUAUAAAUUCAGCUUAA